UCUCUCUAUUAUCUCAGUUCUCGUCUCUCUUCUCUCUGCUUAACCAAUGCUCGCUCGCGCUCUGUCGAGCUCUCUCAGUCCUUACCCCAACACACAGUGCCCUCAAUCCAGGGUUAGGGGUUAGGAUUUAUACACCAUUUUCUGGGCAUUGAUUCGAUACCAAAACCAUUGUAUCGAACGAGAGUAUAUACAUAGAUAGUAAAGGAAGAAGAUGAGUGUGGAUCUGGUGGCUUCGAAUACACAUGGCAAUCUGGACGAGCAGAUUUCACAGCUCAUGCAAUGCAAGCCCUUGUCCGAGCCUGAGGUUAAGGCAUUAUGUGAGAAGGCUAAGGAGAUAUUAAUGGACGAAAGUAACGUACAGCCUGUAAAAAGCCCUGUGACCAUUUGUGGUGACAUUCAUGGGCAAUUUCAUGAUCUUGCUGAACUCUUUCGGAUUGGAGGCAAGUGUCCAGAUACCAACUACUUAUUUAUGGGAGAUUAUGUGGAUCGUGGGUACUACUCUGUUGAAACUGUCACACUCCUGGUGGCUCUGAAAGUACGUUAUCCUCAGCGGAUUACAAUUCUUAGAGGAAAUCAUGAGAGUCGACAGAUUACUCAAGUCUAUGGUUUUUAUGAUGAAUGCCUACGGAAGUAUGGAAGUGCUAAUGUUUGGAAGAUAUUUACAGAUCUUUUUGAUUAUUUCCCUCUAACUGCUUUGGUUGAAUCCGAAAUUUUUUGUCUUCAUGGUGGAUUGUCCCCAUCCAUUGAAACUCUUGAUAAUAUAAGAAACUUUGAUCGUGUUCAAGAAGUUCCACAUGAAGGCCCUAUGUGUGAUCUGUUAUGGUCUGACCCUGAUGAUCGUUGUGGCUGGGGUAUCUCUCCCCGUGGUGCAGGAUACACCUUCGGCCAGGACAUAUCUGAGCAAUUCAAUCAUACCAAUAACCUAAAGCUGAUUGCUAGAGCUCAUCAGCUGGUUAUGGAGGGAUUUAACUGGGGACAUGAACAAAAGGUUGUCACUAUUUUUAGUGCGCCUAAUUAUUGUUAUCGUUGUGGAAACAUGGCAUCUAUAUUGGAAGUCGAUGACUGCAAAGAGCACACAUUUAUCCAGUUUGAGCCAGCUCCGAGGAGAGGAGAACCUGACGUAACGCGAAGAACGCCUGAUUAUUUCCUAUAACUCACUUACUUGAGUUACUGGCCCUGUGACAUAAGAUAAUUCACAGGUCCUUGCUAUGAUUGAAUUUUAAGAUGAUUAUCUCAACAUACUAUGCAUCUUUUGUAGUAGGAGGAUCCAAAAAGCAUAGCAGUGAAGGCCCCCUUGGAUUCAAGAUUUGUAUGUUCUAUCUAACCUAAAUAUAGGUUUCCCAGGAUGGUGAAGGCAGUGGCGCUGGGGAUGGCUAUUAUGUUCUUCUCAUCAUUUUUCUCAGAUAAUUUUCUUGUUAUAUUCUUAUUUUCUUUUCUUUUUUCUUUUUUUCUGU